AUGGAACACUUCAAAUGUGAACAAACAAAUAUCAGGCAACAGCUGGAGGCCCUGAAUCAGAUGCUGACAAGCUCUAAGAAUGAGACUACAACAGAAAUAGGCAGCACUUCUCUUGUUUACCCCCCAAACCAUGGAGAGGAGGACAUUGUGCGGUCAUCAGAGGAAGAAGACUCCACGCGACCCUUUGAUCCCUGCUUCCGCUACACCGUCCUGGACCAGCCCUGGAGGGCCACUAACACCAGCAUCAAGAACAAGAUGUGUGACUGCAACGUCAAGUGGCGAGGCUGGUACCGCCUGUUCUACAAGGGCAACAGUCUGCAGAUGCCCGAGAGGUGUGUGCCCAUGAACAAGUGUGGCACCCACGCCCCCCUGUGGCUGGCCGGGCCUCACCCGAAGAGGAGGGAAGGGAUCGUCACCCGCAAGGUCUGCGGCCACUGGAACAAGAACUGCUGCGCUUUCAAGUCCACACCCAUCAAAGUGAAGAAGUGCCAGGGCAAUUAUUACGUCUAUAAGUUAACCAAACCGACGACAUGUCACCUGGCCUACUGUGCAGAUAUCAACACCAUUGUGUGUGGAAAGUGCAGGAAAAGCGAGACCUGUGUAAGUCGAGACAAUAUAAACUGGAGGUGUAAGAAGAAGCCAAGACCCCUGAAGAGAAAAGUCCACUUCUUUGCCUCCUAUCCCGGGCCCAUCUCAGGCAAGGUGAACCGCAUCAAGUACAGGACUGUCCUUGUGAACGUUGGGCGAGCCUUCAACCGGAGGACCGGGGUGUUCCAGGCUCCUGUCAAAGGAGUCUACCAGUUCUUCUUCUCCACACAGAGUGGGAAACAUGGUGUCAAGACAGACCUAUGGUUGGUGAUCAAUGGUUACUGGGUGGCUGUCUCUCACACCAAAAUCAGUAGUCCGUCCACUGUGGGUAAUCUGUCCACUUAUAUGACCUUUCUGCGCAGAGGGUCCCUGGUGUAUGUGACCCAAGACUGUGGUAGCUCUUGGGCCACUGAUUCAUCCAAUACCAUCACAUUUGGUGGGUCACUGCUUGUUCAGUCGAAGAGGUAGACUAAAGCCAAUAUGUGUCUGUUUGCAUUUAGUAUAUGAUUCUUAUUUACAGAUUUAAUGGUGUUUCUGUCAAAACAGCGUUGCAGUUAAACACUUCUUCUAACAUUGAAUUAUUUAUUUUGGUCAUUUAGCAUAGUCUACACUCUUGUCCAG